GCUCAGCAAACCUUUUUGUCAUCACAGCUCCCUCCCACUUGCUCCCUCCUUCCUCAUUAUGCAUAUAAUCAUGUGGAGCACUGUCUCACUGAAAGUCUGUCCUUCAAAUGAUUAGAGACACGAAAACCUAAAGCAGGAAUAAUGAAAGUAAAUUAUUUAUUUUUUCGUGCGUUAACUGGCUUGUCACUAACUGGACUUGUUUAUCUGGGCUUUACAUCCCACUGGGGCAAGCUUUUAUACAAACAGCCCAAUGUGUUGAACUCAGAUGGCAACUUUCUUCUCGUGACACCAUGGUUAGCCCCAAUUGUACGGGAAGGAAUUUAUGAUCCCAUACUGAUUGAUGCGGUUUAUAAGAAACAAAACAUCACCAUAGCAACUGCAGUCUUCGCUCUUGGAAAGUACACACAGUUUCUUAAAGAUUUCCUGGAGUCUGCAGAGCAAAAUUACUUUGUUGGAUUUCGUGUGCAUUAUUACGUGUUCACUGAUCUUCCGGAAAAGGUUCCUGCAGUGAAACUGGGUUUAGACCAUCAUCUGGAGGUGUUGACAGUGGCUAGUUCUAACAGAUGGCAGGAGAUCAGUUUGCGUAGGAUGGAAAGGCUGGAGAAACUGAUUAAGAGUCGAUUGUUGAAUGAAGCUGACUACGUUUUCAGCCUUGAUGUGGAUUCAAAGUUCUACGGGCGAUGGGGGGCAGAGUCUUUGGGUCGUCUUGUAGGUGCCAUACAUCCAUGGUAUUAUAAAACCCAUCAUGAAUGGUUCCCAUAUGAGCGCAGGCCCGAGUCUCAAGCGUACAUUCCUUAUUCUGAGGGUGAUUAUUAUUAUGGAGGAGCUGUAAUCGGUGGCUUAGCGAAAGAUGUAUAUCAGCUUGCUAAAACCUGCCGGGAGCAGCUGGACAUUGAUGCAGCUAAAUCCAUUGAGGCAGCAUGGCAGGAGGAGUCUCAUUUGAACAAGUACUUCCUGUAUAACAAACCCAGUAAACUGCUUUCACCUGAGUAUCUGUGGGAUGAAAGAAAAUCUAAACCACAAGAGAUAAAAAUCAUCCGUUUCUCUCAGGUUAAUAAAAACAACUAUGAAAUUCGUCCAAACCCAUAGCAGCUGUUAAAAGGAUGGUUCACCCAAAAAUGAAAAAUACCCCAUGAUUUACUCACCCUCAUGCCAUCCUACAGUAUAUGCAGUGUUGGGUGUAACGCGUUACUGUAAUUAAAUUACUUAUCCACUGAAAAAGUAAAGUAAGGGAUUACUGUUCAUUUUUAGGUAAUUUAAUUACAGUUACUUAUAAAGUCUACUUGCGUUACAUACAGUAAAUAAUUUCAACAGUUCUAAACGUACUUUACACGGACUUUAAAUACUCAGAUACAUAUAAGUAGGGUUGCCAACCGUCCCGUAUUAGUCGGGACGUCUCGUAUUUUGGGCCUAAUUGAUUUGUCCCGUACGUGACUUCUUGUCCCGUUUUUUGACUGCUAGGCUAAUCUAACCACUGACUGACACAACAGCAGCAGUGCUGAUCACUUGUGAAUGCUCACCGAUACCUGUCAUCAUCCAAUCACAGCCCCCCUCACGCAGUAUAUAUUAAGUAAGUCAUGAGAGCGGCUCGAAGGUGUUUGUCCCGCAGCAGCAGCGAGCGCAAGUGACUUCAGCGCAGCUGAAGAGUUCUGCGUUUAAAUGCACGCAAUAGGCUGAAGCUGGCCGCAAAGCCCCAGCAAACAUAACCAUGAACGUGUCCGCGGGAAAUAGUAAGGAGAUAUUUGAAUUAUUUACUAAUAAACUAAUGUUUUCUGAGUCAAUGUCGCAAGGAUGAAGUUGCUGGUUGAUUAGCUGAUUGGCAUGUCACCAUAUUCUAAUUUGUUGAGAUAUUGAAUGGGUGGGUUUUUGUUAAAUGUGAGCCAAAAUCAUCACAAUGAAAAGAACCAAAGACUUAAACUACUUCAGUCUGUGUGCAUUGAAUUUAUUUAAUACACAAGUUUCACAAUUUGAGUUGAAUUACUGAAAUAAAUGAACUUUUCCACAA